UUUUCCGUCAUCAUCAGUCGAUUGUCAACAUUCAGCACGAUCAGACUCACUAGGUUAAUUUUUAGUUAUUCAAAGAAAUUUAGUUUUAUUUUCAAAAGUACAAUAACUACAUAUUUGAAACAUAAUGACAACUUUUAAGCAAGUACCUCUCACAUGCGGUGGCCAUACUCGUCCAGUCGUGCAUUUGGAUUUUAGUGACGUUACAAAGGACGGAUUUUAUUUGAUUUCGGCCUGCAAAGAUGGAAAACCCAUGUUGCGGCAAGGAGAGACAGGGGAUUGGAUUGGCACCUUCGAGGGACACAAGGGAGCCGUGUGGGGAGUCGCUCUGACACAAAACGCCAACCUGGCAGCCAGUGGUGCUGCAGACUUUUCAGCUAAACUAUGGGACGCGCGCUACGGCGAGGUGGUGCAUACGUUCGAGCACGAGCACAUCGUGAAGAGCGUCAACUUCAGCGCGGACGACUCGCUGUUGCUCACCGCCAGCAACGAGAAGCUCAUCCGAGUGUUUGAUCUCAACAAGCCGGAGGCUGGACCGGUGGAGAAGUUCCCUGCGCACACGAGCAGUAUCCGGCACGCCGUGUUCCUGCACAACGCGCGCAUCGCCUCCGUCUCAGACGACGGCACGCUGCGCAUCUGGGACCGCGCCUCCGGCCAGGAGGUACACAAAAUAGAAUUUCCUUCCGUUCCAAAUAGUUUGGAACUAUCAAGAGAUGGGGCUAUAUUGACCGUGGCACAUGGUACAAACGUGGCCUUCUACUCCACGGACACGAUGCGGGCCAUGCGCUCCUACUGCGUGCCCACCAAGUGCCUGUCCGCGUCGCUGGCGCCCGGCCGCGCCGCCUUCGUGUGCGGCGGCGAGGACCUCAAGGUCUACAAGUUUGACUACAACUCGGGGAAUGAGAUCGAAUGUAACAAAGGCCACUUCGGGCCAGUCCACUGCGUGCGAUGGUCGCCCGACGGCGAACUCUACGCCACCGGGUCCGAAGACGGCACGGUGCGACUGUGGCAGAGCUCGCCCGGCCGAGUCUACGGGCUGUGGCGGCGCAGCGAUGACCCGCAGCAGGUGCAGCCGUUGGCUAAUGGGUUUAAAGAGUUGGCCGCCAACUGAUGUGGAGGGUUGACGCACAGGAAUAAUGUGGAACUGUGUAAUCGCAAUCAAAAUUGAACGCUUGGUGAUAUCACGACGGAGGGUCAGCAGUUUUCACCAGGACAUGUGUUAUUAAGAGGGGAUUGCAUGAAAUCAAGACAUUUUUUAAAUCCUGAAAUUAUGUUGUGCUAUAUUUUUUUGGCAACAUUUCAGUUUUUUAUACUCAGAAGUAAUGUAUGUACCUAUUUAUUGUAAAGAAACGAAACCGAAUAGACUUGAUAUGCAACAAAAUAAAAGUAAUUUGUACAUA